CUCGCUUCGGCCAAAAACCUCCUCGCAGUUCUCUUGGGCUUUCCCUCAAACAGCUUGCAGGUAUCAAACAAAAACCCUAAACCUUCGAUGAAGUUCCCAAGCGCUCGAUGGGGGCGAUCGAUUCUCCGCCAAAUUCAACGCCCUCAGCCCAGAAUCUCUCCUCCCUCAACAUUUCAUCGUCUCUCAUACUCCACAGAAUCCAACUCUCAGCUACCGGCAAGCUUGCUAAAGAUAAUGGAGCAGCGAAUGAUUGCGAUCGAACAGAAGGGCGCGUAUCUGUACAACCAAAUUAACCAGCCAGCAGCUUCGACGACCGAGUAUUCGAGGGCUAAUAAGGAACUUCGAAAGAUCGAGAGCUUGCUUGAACUGAUUGAGAAGUUGAAUGAUAAAAAGAAGGAGGUUGAUGGCCUAAAAUCAUUAAUAUCUGACUGUCCUGAAGAUAAAGACAUGUGCGACAUGGCAGCUGAGGAAUUGGCUGAAGCUGUAGAGGAGGAGAACAGGUUGCAGAAUCAACUACUAAAGUCAUUGCUUCCGAAGGAUGAUGCUGAUGAGCGGGAUUGCAUAUUGGAGGUGAGAGCAGGAACUGGAGGUGAAGAAGCAUCAUUAUUUGCAAUGGACAUAUUUAAAAUGUAUGAGAAGUACUCACAAAAGAAGGGUUGGAAGUUUGACGUCAUAGAUAUAGCAGAAUCUGAUUUGAAAGGAUACAAGGAAGCUAGUGGAGCAGUUUCCGGGCCUGGUGCAUUUGGAAAACUCAAAUUUGAGAGUGGUAUUCACAGAGUGCAGCGCGUCCCAGUGACAGAGAAAUCAGGACGAGUGCAUACCAGUGCUGUUUCUGUUGCUAUCCUUCCUCAGGCUGAUGAGGUUGAUGUCCAGUUGCGCAAUGAAGACCUGAAAAUAGAUACAUACAGAGCUGGCGGUUGUGGUGGUCAAUCUGUUAACACCACUAGCAGUGCUGUGAGGAUAACACAUAUUCCAACGGGAAUUACAGUGGCUAUACAGGAUGAAAGAUCACAGCACAUGAACAAGGCUAAAGCUCUUAAGGUGCUAAGAGCAAGGUUGUACGAAAUUGAGAGAUCUAGGCUUCAAACGAGUCGAUCCAAGCUUCGAAUGGAGCAGAUUGGAAGCGGUGAUAGGUCUGAGAGGAUCCGGACGUACAAUUUUCCACAAGGUCGGGUGACAGAUCACCGUGUGGGUAUAACUGAUCAUUCCAUUGAGGAUGUCUUGGAGGGAGAGAGGCUUGACGUUUUUAUUGACGCUCUGCUCUUGCAAGAAGAGAUGGAUGCCAUAGCCUCAUUUAGCGCAUAGCCUCAUUCUUAAAUUUAAUCAGUUUCCAUGCCUGCAGCUUGAAGCUGCAAAUUUACAGGUUGUGUGAUGGUUGCAAGUUAAUGUAUCUUUUUUUUUAUGUAAUUUAUGUGUCAACUUACAUCUCAUCUAAUAUAUUGCUGAACUCUGAAGUAACUGUAUUGUUUUUCUGCGUAUUAUCAAUAAAGAGAACGAUAUCACCUUUUUUCA